UCCGGGUCAGUGUUGGAAGUGCUGCGGAUCAGGCUAAAGGCUAAAAGCUAAAGGUUCUGAAAUGUCGGGUUUAGAAGGAAUUACAAAUGAAUCGGCUGCAAUAAAAGACGACCAGGACAUCGGUGAAGAUGAAGAAGAUCAGUCCGAUGAGGAGUACGUGGACCCGACCCGAUACGUGUUUUACAGGGACAGGAAAGAGUGGGCAGAUCUGGAGCCUGUUCCCCAAGAUGAUGGUCCAAACCCGGUGGUGAAAAUAGCCUAUUCUGACAAGUUCUCAGAUGUUUACGAUUAUUUCCGAGCGCUGCUGAAGAAAGACGAGAGGAGUGAACGAGCACUGGCUUUGACUUCAGACGCCAUCGACCUGAACGCCGCCAACUACACAGUCUGGCAUUUCAGGCGAGUGCUGCUUCAAGCCUUAGGGAAAGACCUGAGGGAGGAGAUGAGGUACAUCACUGCCAUCAUUGAGGAGCAGCCCAAGAACUACCAAGUCUGGCAUCACAGGCGGUUGGUGGUGGAGUGGCUGAAUGAUCCAUCUGAGGAGCUGGAGUUUAUUGCAGAAAUUCUGAGUCAAGACGCCAAAAACUACCACGCCUGGCAGCACCGACAGUGGGUCAUCCAGGAGUACAAACUGUGGGAAAAUGAGCUGUCGUACGUGGAGAGUUUGUUGGAGGAAGACGUCCGGAACAACUCUGCCUGGAAUCAGCGGCACUUUGUCAUUUCUCACACCACCGGCUUCUCCGACCCGGCCGUCAUCCAGAGGGAGAUCGACUAUUGUUUGACUCAAAUCAAGAAGGCGCCUCACAAUGAAAGUGUCUGGAAUUAUUUAAAAGGGAUGCUUCAGGAUCGCGGUCUGUACUCUCAGCCCGGCCUCAUGGAGCGCGUUCUGGAGUUAAAGGAGACGCACUGUUCUCCAUAUCUGCUCGCCUUCCUGUUCGACUGCUACGAGGAUGCCAUGGAAACCAGCAGCCAAUCAGAGACAGAGGAGCGGGCGGACACACUCAAGAAGGCCCUAGAGAUUUGUGACCUUUUAGCAACAAAGAAGGACACGAUACGAAGAGAGUACUGGCUCUUUCUGGGACGAUCUUUAAAAAACAAAUAUGGCGUUGUGGAUGUGAACGGAGAGGAGCCAGAGUCAGUCCAGUCCUCUGCGCCUCAGGAGCAGAGCUAAAGUUUAUCACAUUUUAAUGUUUCCUCUUGACUGUGUGGUACGGGUCAGUUUAAAGCCUGGUUUAUAGAGAAAGAUUUCCUCCUACUUGAAAUGUGCAUCUGCUAAAGGUGCAUUGUGUACCUUUUCAGGUGGAGGGUCUGUCAAAUGCUUGCCUCCAUGGAGACAACAGUAUGGUAUGAAAUCCAAAUCAGACAAAGUUACAGGUCAGAUCUGUGUCGAGGCAAUCCCCGCUCAGUCAGAAUGUCUGUUUUUCUAGGUAUUUUUUCUAGGUAAUUGAAUAAAUGUAAGGUGUGUUAGCUGUUUUAAUGUCAUACUGUGGAACAUUCUAGGCAUUGCAAUGACAUAUCUGUAGAAACAAGCAGGUGAUGGACCCCCACCCAAAAAGUUAUCCAGAUACGGUAAACCUGCAUUUGACCCAUUUUUGCUGCUUUAAAGAACAAAUAUUAUGCAUUAUGUGUAUUAUUAUUGGAUUCAGAAGUCAAGGAUUUGUCAUUUUCACAAGUAAAUUGCAAAUACUGGAAUAUAGAAUGCAAAACCACAAGGUGACAUUAAGACUGCAGCAGAUACAGUAUAACGUGCAAAUGCGUUUUGUCUGUUGCAUCAGUACAGAGUCCAGAUCACAGUUAUGGCAGUUAGGGUGAUUUCAUGUUUUAGGACUUAAAAUGAUAUCUAAUUAAAAAAAAAACUUUACUUAGAUUUGCGGCCAUCUUGCUCUUCUGUCAUUAAGUAUUGUUCAUGUAGUGUCAUAUUGCAUACAGUUAGCAUGUUUGUGGCUAAUAUCACAGCUUGUAUUUGCCUAUAUUGCUGUUUUAAAUCUACCUUGACUCGUACCACACCACUCCACCGGAAACCUACCUGUAUUUGUGACUGUAUUAGUACCAUGUAUAGUUUAUAUUGAAAUAAACUGCAGAGCAGAAAUUAA